AUGCCGAUUGACACUCAUCCUACUGAUUGCGAGUAUUUUGGUGGUCAUCACGCCUAUGAGGGCGUUCACUACGACAAGAUGGAUCCUCCCAAUACACAGGAAGUUGCCGAGUUCUCCAAGAAGCUACGUGAUAUAGCGGCUCAGAGUAUUGGUGGUACUCACGCAGAUCGCAUAGUAGCUGCUGAUUUGCUCAGAUCAGCUCUGCUAGACUUGGCUGCUACCAAGAAGAAUUCCG